CCAAGAAAAAUGAAGAGGCUCUUCCUCUUACCGCGUAAACCAACCGAAAACUACCUGCCUUUGUCGUCUCCAUUUCCCUUCCUUCUGUAACUAAAUAUGAAAUUAAAAAAUUGAAAAAAAAAAAAAAAAUCCGUUUCUUGUUCGUUCUCCGUGUCGAUUUGAUUUCUCAGUACAGUGCUCCAAUGGGGUCUCUCCCUCAAUCUUCCGACAUUCCCCUUUCCGUGUCGCCGCCGCCUGAAAAAUUCCCAAAUCCAAAUCAGAGCCCUAUCGACGAAUCUGCGCUUCUCAAUCUCUUCAAAUCCCAACAAAAUCACCUGAAUUUCUUCUUCCACAAUCUCGAUCUCUCCCAAACUCUCAAAUUCGCCGUCACCCUUCUCAACUCCACCGGAACCAUCUUUUUCUCCGGCGUCGGAAAAUCCGGCUUCGUCGCGAACAAGAUCUCACAAACCCUAGUUUCUCUUGGCAUUCGCUCCGCUUUUCUUUCCCCACUCGAUGCGCUUCAUGGAGAUAUCGGCAUUUUGAAUUCCGGCGAUGUUCUUGUUCUCUUUAGCAAAUCCGGUAAUACCGAAGAGCUUCUUCGCCUUGUUCCUUGUGCUAGGGCUAAGGGUGCGUAUCUCAUCGCUUUGACCUCUGUUGAAGGUAAUGUGCUUGCUGGGGUUUGUGAUAUGAAUGUGCAUUUGCCUCUUGAGCGUGAAUUGUGCCCUUUUGAUCUUGCCCCUGUUACCUCCACUGCUAUUCAAAUGGUUUUUGGAGAUACUGUGGCUAUUGCGCUUAUGGGUGCGCGGAAUUUGACUAAGGAGGAGUAUGCCACCAAUCAUCCUGCUGGGAGGAUCGGCAAGAGCCUCAUUUUCAAGGUAAAAGAUGUGAUGAAGAAGCAGAAUGAGCUUCCUGUCUGCAAAAAAGAAGAUCUAAUAAUGGAUCAAUUAGUGGAGCUUACGAGCAAAGGAUGCGGCUGCCUACUUGUCAUAGAUGAGGAAUAUCACCUGAUUGGGACAUUCACAGAUGGUGAUUUGCGGCGCACUCUCAAAGCUAGUGGUGAAGCCAUCUUCAAGCUCACGGUAGGCCAAAUGUGCAACAGGAACCCGAGAACAAUCGAUCCCGAGGCAAUGGCUGUUGACGCAAUGAAAAAGAUGGAAGCACCGCCAUCUCCUGUACAAUUUCUGCCUGUUAUCAAUCAGCAAGAUAUGUUGAUUGGCAUUAUCACAUUACAUGGCCUAGUUUCUGCAGGACUGUGAGUGGCAUGCCUCCCAUUUCUGUGUCUGCAUUAAAGGUUUCUAUUAUUGUUCAGUCUUUUUUGUAUAACACUGUUCAUCAUUGAUAUCCCUGUCUAAGUGUAGUGAUUACAUAAGUGUAAGAAAACUCGAUACGUAGAGGAUGAAUCAUGUCGUUUUCAUAUAUUUGUCUUGAUA